AUGUCUGAAGAAACAGAUUUCAACAAAACAAUUAAAACCGAACCGAUCGAUGAUUAUCCUCAAGUGAAACAGGAAUUUGAUGAUUAUGAAAAUACACCAGAUUUGUAUAUGGAUGAUGAUAUAUGUCUGCAGCAAUUUCUAAAAUCUGAGGUUACAAUUGACGAGGAAAUAAAACAAGAGACGAUUGAUGACCAACAUUAUGUGACUAGUAUAAAUAAAACAGUUUUAGAUGAAAAUUCUUCUGUAUGUAACGACGAGAUCAGUGAAUCAAGUACGAUAGUCAAUAGUACAAACAAAACAUUUGAAAAAGUUUCAAGAAAGCGUAAGACAACUAGUAAGUUGAAAUAUAAAUGUGAAUCAUGCAGUAAAACAUUUGUAUCAAAACAAGGCUUACAACGACAUGAAAAGAUCCAUAAUAUAGAACUUUCUUAUGAGUGCAAAAUUUGCUAUAAAACAUUUUCACAGAUAAGUAAUUUAAGACGGCAUUUAUCAAUCCAUACUGGAAAACGUCCUUACGCAUGUGAAAUAUGUAAUAAAACAUUCAGAAUGAAACAAGGCUUGAAUCAACAUGAAAUGAUCCAUACUGGAGAACGGCCUCAUGAAAAGCAUUCAUCAGUGCAUUCUGAAGAACGACCUUAUGAAUGUAAGACAUGCAAUAAAACAUUCAAAACAAAACCUAUAUUAAUGCGACAUGAAAGAGGACAUACUAGGAAACAAACUGUAAAAAAACAGUCCUUAUAA